AUGGCGCAGUUGUAUGCCCCUUUGGCGCCGCAGCAGCAGCAGAUGGGCAUCAGCCCGGGGCUGGCAUUGUUGCAGCAAGUGAAUGACCUGCAGGUCAAGGAGAGGGUGAGCUGGCUACAAGAGGUGACCACCUUUUUGGGUGCGGAGUUCGAGACCAGGAACAGAUACUCCAUCCAAGACCCCGUGGGCAACCAGCUCUUCUAUGCCAUCGAGAGGACCGAUUGCUGCCGUCGCCAGCUCCAGCGCUCCUGCCUGCACGAGUGCGCCAGCUGGGAGGUCGACGUCUUGCACACGCCACCGGGGCAGUACAUGCAGAGGGUACAGGGAAAGAAAAGUGAGUUCCAAAACUCUUCUCAGUGGACCUUGGUGGGGAUUUGGGGAGAUCUCAAGUGUAUAAGAGGUCUCAUGGCCAAUGUGGGAUCUCAGAGUUGGAAGGGGUGCCCCAGAUCCUUCAGCAGCGGCAGCAGCGACGAGCUCAUCAGUUUUGAACAUCAUGCAAUAUUGGACCGUGACAGAAGCGAGUACAUCCAUGUCAGCUUCACUGAUGACAAUGAGGAGAUGCGUGUGAUACGCACAGGGAGACGAGCCGUGGAAAUGAGGUCCUCCCACAGCCUCCGUGUCGUGAAGCAACCUAGAACGGUUCAAGAGGCACGCGAGAUACUUCAUCGCGCUCGCAACUGGGUUGACAAUGGGACAUGGGAAUACGAUGUGUUGUGGCACAAUUGCGAACACUUUGUGAAUGAGUGCUGGAACCCUCAAGAACCGGCACGCAGUGCCCAAGCUCAGACUGCUGUCGCCUCACUUGGCGGCAGUAGCGCAGUUGGGGCUGUUGGUGCUGGGACUACCGGCGGCAUUGUAGCCGCCACAAUUCAACCUAUUGCCACAGUUGUGACCACCACAGCAACCAACACCAACUACCUUUUGGGUUUCAUACCAUGGGGAACUGUGACCACAAGUACAUCGGCAACAGUCAUGACUGGCUUGCCAGUGGGUGCAGUGAUUGGCAUAGCCGCCGCGGGCACAGUGGUUGGUGCUGGACUUCUUGGUGGCAUCGCCUAUGGUAUCAGGGAACUGGUUUUUGACCACACAGCACGGAAUGCCCAACUGGUUCCAAUUGCCAUUAAGAACAAUUCCAGGCAGACAAUUACUGCUUCUUUGCGAAACGCAGAUGAUACUCUAUCAACCUUGUCUGAUGCAUUGUAUUCAUGGCGUGCCUUGAUUGGUGUCGGCAUCAUGUCAGUGGACAUUGAGGGCGACAUAGCCGAGGAACUCAACCCGCCAACUGUGAGCGACAGUGGUUCAACAGAAUUUGUGCUCACAAUAUCCUCCAAUCAUGACCUUGACCUCACAUGCAUGGUCUCACGUGGUGAUGUUGUCACGUUUGACGGCCAGACAUUGAGAAAAGAAGAAGCAGAUUUAGAUGACUUACUUUGUAAGAUUUGCUUUGGCCGUCCUGCCAAUUGUCUCGUCUUACCUUGCGAACAUCAUGACUUCUGUGACCAAUGCGUUGGGGAGUGGAGACGUGAGAGCCCAACGUGCCCCCAGUGCCGCGGGAACAUUGAAGAAGUGGACAUGGUCUUCGACGAGCUGACGCGGCAGAAGAUCGGCUCCUUUCGGGACCCCUUCCGCUGCUGUAACUACAACUUUAAGCUGCGCGACGCCUAUGAUACCAAUGUGCUGGAAGUUCACGGAGGCUGUUGCCAACCCGCCGUGUGGUGCUCCUUGCCCUGUGGCCCGUGCUCUGAACUGCACUUUGAUGUCCUGGACGCGCGGACAGGUUACAAGGUGGCCAGCAUUCGCAAGACGGUGCCCGGCAUUAUCUCGUACCUCUUCGCGUCGGACGUGGACAACUACCACAUCCACUACGAUCUGGUGCAGGACCCGGCCUGGAAGGCCCUCCUGUUGUCCUUCACCAUCUACAUGGAUUUCCUGUUCUUCAACGACCCGAACCCCACGCAGCAGGACGAGGCCAUGGCGCUGGUGGAGACCGUGGCCGCCGAAGAGACGGGCUGCCGCGAGGAUGACGAAAGGGCUGCUUUGCAUAUGACGGAGUACGAUUGGUCGGAGCAGGUUCGAGGGAAUGUGACCAGCACCGGCGUCCAGCGCAGUGUGCUUCCUGAGGGCUGGAUCAUGCAGAACGCUGGUAGUCAGGUCUACUAUGUGAACCUCUUGGAUGGCAAGUCCACCUGGGAAAGGCCAACGCAGCCCGCGAUGAAUGUGCUCUCCAUGCAGGAGCUGCGUGAUCUCUUGGGCCGAGCGGCGGACGGCAUCGCGCUGCGCAAGCAGUUGGAGGUGAGUUUUGUUGGGAAAUCGACUGGUGCCACUUUGCUGUCGAUGUCGGAAUGGCAUCCACACUUUGGAUUGUUGGACGACCACUGCCGGAAGAAGGUGAAGACCACUAUGAAAACGGUGAAUUGA